AUGCUUGGCAAGGGACAGCUGCGGAGGAUCUCCGUGGAUUCCGAGAAGCAUGCCAUCUGCACUUCAAGGAAUCAAGUGGCCCUUGAGUGUCGUCUGGCUGGUUUGCAUCCCAGCUGUCAACGGUCGUCACGCAACCAGACGUUAAAGAACGCUCUCGAGUCCUCCGCCGUGUGUCGAACAAAAGAGAAAAACGAGCACGUCAUUUAUCGAACCGUCGAUAACCGAAUAAAAGAGAAGCGAAGAGCUUAUUCUUUUGCCUCGAGAUUUGCCCAGGAAGCCAAGUUUUUCAAGGGCAGCGGUAUCGUCAUUGGUGGAGGACGCCAGAUGGCGCAUCCCCAAGGCGCUCUUGUUGCAUUUUUGCACCGAGUCGGUCCUGAGCCCAAUUAUCCCAGAAGGCACAUGAAUUAUACUGAGGCCAAGGAAUUGCGGGAGAUCGCGCCGUCUGCCAAAGAAAAAUCAGCGCCGAUGACGAUACCCGUCUUUUAUCCGAUCAAGUUUACUCCAUACUAUCGACUAAUUCCUACUACAAUGCCGUGCUACACGACAUGCCAGCAACUAGCUAGCAUCGAAAAGCUCGCGUGA